AUGUCAACACAAAUCUUCCGCUCCAGCCUCAAGCUGAAAAUACAGAAGCAAUACAACUGUGAGGUUAUGUGUGUGAAGAUUCAGAAGAAACAGAAUCAAACCAAUACAGUCCAGAAACAGCAUUCAUCACCUUCAAUGAUUAAUGUGCUGUCAAAAACCAAUACAGUCCAGAAACAGCAUUCAAUGAUUAAUGUGCUGUCACUCCGAAAGUGUCCCCCGCCCGAGAGCCGGCAUAGAAUCAGGUGGGUUUCGAUCAGGCAUCGACGGGAGCGGGAUGCUCAGUGGAUCUGCGGGUGCAGAUUUUCAAGCUAUAGUUGUAGGGGUCCUCCAGCGCAGGUCCAAUCUGUCCACAAAGCCAACGGAUCUAUACCAGCUAAGGAUUUAUGCCAGCUUACUAUAUCUUCCGAUGAGAGCGGUCCCGAGACCAGUUUGCCCGAUUCCACCCAAAGAGCGCACCCGCCCCACGGCUCGGAAGCCGAGAAGAAGAAAAAGAGACGCGUGCUCUUCUCCAAAGCCCAGACUCUGGAGCUGGAGCGGCGGUUCCGGCAGCAGAGGUACCUCUCGGCCCCGGAGCUGGGACAGCUGGCCCAUCUGCUCAGCCUCACCCCCACUCAAGUGAAGAUCUGGUUCCAGAACCACCGGUACAAAAUGAAAAGGGCUAAAACGGAGGGGGCCUGCGGCACGGAACUGAGCCAGCCCCCCCUGCUCCGGAGAGUGGUGGUGCCCGUGCUGGUGAGGGAUGGCAAGCCGUGCCAAAGCUGCACCCCCAACCCGGGAGCCGCAGCGGUGCAGGACAAGCUGGGCUGCAGCACACAAACUGCGUUCACAAUUCAAGGGUACCAACCCUUCCAGCCCAGCUCCGCCGCCUCCCUGAGCCUCUUCCCUGCCUACCAGCACUUAGCACACCCCGCGAUCCUCUCCUGGAACUGGUGAUGCUGUCCAACCUUCCCGAGCUGAACUGAGGAAAAAUCCCCAAAGGACCAAGAGUCAAGUGAAUUCUCUGCCCCAUCAAGAAUCCCGGACGCCACUGCUCGUGGAUCCACAAGAGAGGCGAAUCCAUGCCAAUGCAGACUGGUAUUUGGGACGCAGCCUAGGGCUGUUUUGUUGUAUUAAAGCACGUUGUGAACACGACUAGCCAGGGAUGGGUUUUGUUUUCCUUUGGGGGCACCGGGUUUAGAGGGUGGACGAGAAACAACUUAUAUUUUUAAAUCCGAAGCGACUCCUGUUUCAGUUCGAAAGGCUAUUUGUAAAAUACAUUCAGAAAACUAGUGGUUUGUACCCAAAAUAGUUUAUUUUAAAAUAGCUUAUUCUUCCAGUGACUAAUAAACCGAUUUUUUGGCAAAUAAAA